GAAUGUCCUCACAUCCUGUUGUGCAACUUUCCGAAGCCUCUAGGUGACUGUGGUGCCUUGUAGCUGUCCCGGGAGCCCUCAGCAGCAGUUGGAGUUGGUGCACAGGAGGGAUGAGGAAGACCCGGCUCUGGGGGCUGCUGUGGAUGCUCUUUGUCUCAGAACUCCGAGCUACAACUGAAUUAACUGAGGAAAAGUAUGAAUACAAAGAGGGGCAGACCCUGGAGGUAAAAUGUGACUAUGCACUAGAGAAGUAUGCCAACAGCAGGAAAGCUUGGCAGAAAAUGGAGGGAAAGAUGCCCAAGAUCCUGGCAAAAACAGAGAGGCCUUCAGAGAAUUCCCAUCCAGUCCAAGUUGGGAGGAUCACACUAGAAGACUACCCUGAUCAUGGUUUACUGCAGGUCCAAAUGACCAACCUUCAAGUGGAAGACUCUGGACUGUAUCAGUGUGUGAUCUACCAGCAUCCCAAGGAAUCUCACGUGCUGUUUAAUCCCAUCUGCUUGGUGGUGACCAAGGGUUCUUCAGGUACCCCUGGUUCCAGUGAGAAUUCUACCCAGAAUGUGUAUAGGACUCCUUCUACCACUGCUAAGGCCUUGGGCCCACGCUAUACCAGCCCCAGAACCGUGACCCAAGCUCCACCCGAGUCAACUGUCGUUGUCUCCACUCCUGGCUCUGAAAUCAACCUUACAAAUGUGACAGAUAUCAUCAGGGUUCCUGUGUUCAAUAUUGUCAUUAUCGUGGCUGGUGGAUUCCUGAGUAAGAGCCUGGUCUUCUCUGUCCUGUUUGCUGUCACGCUGAGGUCAUUUGGACCCUAGACCCACGAACCCACGAGAACGUCCUCUGACUUCCAGCCAUAUCCAUCUGGCAGUUGUGCCAAGGGAGGAGGGAGGAGGUAAAAGGCGGGGAGUUAAUAACAUGAAUUAAAUCUGUAAUCACAGGCUACUUCUAAAGUCAGCAUCUCACCUUCCUGCUCACUGCCCUCAUUUCUCUAAUAACCUUGGGUGGGCAUUUCCACCUCAGAAAAGAAGUUACAGCCCCAAACAUGCCUGGUCCUUCAUUCCACCAGCCACUUGGGGUUUGCAUGAAGUACAGACAGGUCAAUGUUUUUCACUGUAAUUCUCUUGUGGGGGCUGUGACGUGCAGAAGGCACACCUGAUACUUCUGCUCAGUUUUGCCUUGUACCAUACAAUUUUGGCCUGACCUGGACAGAGCUCCCACUACAGAAGCAUCCUGCUCGCCCUAUGCUGGGACUUCCUCUUUCUAGCAUCAGACACUUGGGUUUCAUGCUUAUAUGUGGUUCUUUCCAACACUCCCAGGAAGAUUGUGGAGCAUGGAGAAAUAAGACAUCAUGGUGAGAAAGUGCAUCCUUCUCAGAGAAAAGAGUUAAACUGAGUAUCUUGUCCUGAGGAAAUACUGGCAGGCUGAGAUGGGAUCCAUAGGAGAACAUCAACAGACAGUGUCAGACAUCCUGUGUGCAUUUAUCGCUGGAGCCUGAAAAUAGCCCCAUGAAGGCAGAAAUGUAUGUGACUGGAACGAGGCCACAUGAGUAAGUCACCGCCCACUGGCAGGAGUGAAAACUGAAGAGCUCCUUACCUGAAGGACCCCAAAGCCAUAUGGAAUAGAAAGACCAGGAGUUCUGCCUGUGUCUAAACGCCUCUUUCCUGUAUCACACAAGGGGCAGGGAUGGAGGGGUAAAAGCUCUCCCCACCGGGGAGGCUUCUGGAGGCUGUCCCCAUGUGCUCCUCUAGUUCCCCACUCUGCCCUCCUCCUCCUCUCUCAGUCUGCUCCUGGAGCACCUGCUUCAGUUUCCAUGCUCUCUCCAGUGCCCUCCUCUGUGAAGUAGGUAGGUGUUCAGGCCACCACGGAGAAAAUCUCUGUGGGAGAUUUUCUUGCAAUCUCCCACAGAUUUCAAUCAGGAUUUUGUUAUUUCCCACCGUUCGAGAUUCCCUUUAAGGGAAACGGGCCUCAUGGAUGGGGAAAGGAUGGUGGGUCCUUCCAGCCCAAUUUAGUGAUGUCCAGGGCAGAUAUUAUCCUCAAUUCCCAAGAGCAAUCACACUUUUCUACACACACAGUGUGUCUCAUGUCAGGUAAAUGUAUUUUCACAAUGAGCUCCACUCCUGUGGAAACAAUUCUCUGCACGCGGAGGUCCAGCUCCCAGCCUGCUCCAUCACAUAGGGACUUCCCCAUUCCUCUGAACGCUGCUCUGUCAGAACCUGCCCAGGUAACGGUAACGACCCUAGAGAGAUGAUUUCUGAACCCCAAUUUUGGGCCCAUUAGAAGAUGUGUGGGGGGCAUUUAUUUCAUCCUGAUGCUCUGGUGACAAUCUUUGCAGAGGCACUAGAUCCGGAAGCUGUUAAUCUCUGCAUUUAUUUUCUUACCUAAAAGAAUCAAGCAGCUCAGAGGCAGUGACUGUGCAGGAUGCAGUGUUUGUAUGCUGAGCUUGCUGGUCUGGAACCUGCACUUUAGCAAUCCCAUUGUUGCUCCUGUUUAUGAGGUUGACAAAGUGCCAGGGCAAGGGAGUAUUAUCAUUAAAUGCACUCCAGGAGAGGCGGAACACACGAGGGCGGUGUUUCUCAGAGGUCUUUAGACCACCUGCAUCAGAUUCUCCUGGAGCAUAAAGCAAAUGCUUAGAGUCCAGGGCCCCUGCAGAUCUUCUGUAUCCUAGUAUACAGCUCCCUCUUAGUGAAUCUCAAGCUUGUUUCCAAGAAGUCAUUACAGUCCUUACGAAAGCCCAUGACACUUUCCUAGAGAUUCAUCCAGAUGUAACCCAGUGCGUGGUCCAGUGCAUGCCUGUGUGCUUAACUUAUUAUAGAUCAAGUGUUAUUUAAGUCCAACAUAUCAAACGUGCCUGAAAUACUAUAUGCAUUAAAUUGGAAGACAAAUGGCCAUACUGGAUACUCUCCCAUUUGCACUUACAGGCCACGCCAUGCUCCAUCCUCCCCAUCCUGCCUGGGAACCUGACCAAUGUGGCUAAACCAGCAGGCUCCUUGGCUGCCAGUUUCUGGCUGGUUGAACCAAUGGGAAACAUGAAAGAAGAGCCAAGGGUGGGGAGAGAGUCAGAACAGAGUUUCUGUCCUCAGGGCUCUCUCCCUGGGAGGUGGUGGCAGGAAUGGCUGCCUUCCUCUCUGAAGGCUCCUUCAAGCCCCUCACCAAACAGUUCCCAUCUCUGAGUCCAGCCACCUGCUCCAUCUUCUCCUCUGUAGGCCCAGUGGUGGGAACGGCCCACCACUGUUGCCAGCCUCAGCAUACUGAAGCACCCCUUACUGCAUUCCCUAAAUUCUAUGCACAUGUUUAUUAAAUACUCUUCAAUUACCCAGU